GCAGUCCUUCGCCGGGAACUGGCCGUACAUCAAGGGCGGAUGGACGAUGAAUCCCACCCAUUACAGUGCCCCUGUCUACUGCGGCACCGGCGCCGGCACCCUCCCGCGCACCAUCGGCGAAGGCGAAUACCUGGACAAGAUCGCCCUGGAGAAGGCCAAGAUCUGCGCCAUGGUGCAAGGCCCCACGCGCAACCGCCUGUCGAUCCGCACCCUGACGCUGACGGGCUUCGUGGUUGACGCCGACCCCUUCCUGCUCUGGUUCGACGCCACGCGGCUCAAAUGCCUGAACUUCAAAGAUUACUGCCUCGACGCCGGGCUUUAUCUGUGUGAGGCCAUGCACCGCGUCUCCGUGCUGUAUCCCCGGCUGCUUAUGGUGGAUGAAGAAGGCCGGGAGGCCGUCGUCGCGCGCCGGGUGAAUCUGCGGAAGGAGUUGAGGGUCGUGCAGUUGAGGGGUGGACGGAAGGUUGGGGAGAUGGCGUAUACUGGGCCGGGGUGUUUGGAUAGGGAGACUCCAGAGGGGGUGGGGGUGGAUGGUGCUGGGCAGGAAGAGGAAGAGGGGGCGGAGGUGGGUGAUGCCCCUGCCGCUGCUGGGUCAGUGUAAAGGAACAGAAGAACUAGGCCUUCUGGCAAGUCACCACCUUGAUUUCUUACUUCGCGAGCGGGCCUCAUUCUUUGGAAGAGUAUUUUCUUCUGAUCAGCUGCGUUUCUGUUCACCGUUCUCUCAUCUUCAGAUGAUCUGACUGUUUUCUUUUCUUUUCUUUUCGUUUUUUUAUGAAUUGGUUUGGCGCAACGGAGUUCGG